AUGCCUCUGUCUCUCGUUUCCACCGCUCUCGCUUUGCUCUCCAUCACACCCGCUCUCGCAGCACCAACCAACAACCUCUUCAAACGUGCUGCCCUUCCAGCUUACGCACUAACCUACGCACCUUACACCUACCUCCAAAGCGGCGAAGCAUGGUUUCCCUCCGACGUCUCCACUCACCUCAAACACAUGUCGGUCGAAUCCAACUUCAAAAAUGUAUCUACAACCGUCUCGCUGAAAACUCUCAACACCUUCCCAUCCUCGGAUUACCUCACCAGCUACGAUAAUGUGGAGACCAAUCCUGCUUGGUUGACCAGUGGAUAUGGCAAGCCAAACUCGAAGGGAUAUAGUGCUGCUCCUGCUACCAUCAUUGCUGUUGAAAAGAAUGGCUUUGUGGAUGUGUUCUAUUUCUACUUUUACAGCUAUAACCAUGGCAGUCUGGUUUUGGGCAGCAGGGUCGACAACCACGUUGGAGAUUGGGAACACAGUAUGAUCCGUUUCUCCACCGCAGGCGUGCCUCAAAACGUCUACUACUCAGCCCACAGCAGCGGCACCGCAUACACCUACUCUGCCGUCCAAAAAGUUGGCGUCAGACCAGUGGUCUACUCAGCAGCUGGCAGUCAUGCCAAUUACGCUACCGCGGGCACCCAAGAGAUAUAUCCCAUCAUUGGUGAUAUCGUCACUGACACCACUGAUGCGGGAACCUACUGGGAUGUGACUCAGAACUACCGCGGUUACUAUUACACCAAUGCCACUGGCGUUGUCACUAAUGCAGGUGGUGUGGAUGUGGGUGGUAUUGAGCAGGCUUCCGAAACUGUGGAUUGGUUGUACUGGAGCGGUAUGUGGGGUGAUGAACAGUAUCCUACCAGUGACAGCCGUCAGAACUGUGCGCUUGGUAUUGACGAUCUUUGCCACUAUCAAUCCGGUCCCACUGGCCCUUUGACCAAGAAUCUGGGACGUACGGCUGUUUGCCAGAAGGAAGAUGGAUGUACGGUCAAGACUUCGCUUUGA